UUAACAGAUACAUUUUCAUUGAACUUGAAGUGAUCUGGAAUGUGUGUAAAGUGGAAGUGGAAGCGCACAGAAGAAAUCCCGUGUGGAUGGGAAAAGGUCAGCCCCCCUGGACAUACACAGUUACAGGUUCCACCAAGAGCUAGGAGAAGGCAUGUUUGGACAGGUGAUGUUGGCAUCAUAUACACCAAAGAAACAACUCGUGGCAAUUAAGACGGUGCCCAAACAACCCAGCAAGGGCAACUUUACAUGCAUCAUGAAAGAGGCCAGACUCCUAAAGAUCGCCAGAGGAUGCCCCUUUCUAUGCCACUCCCAUGCCACAUUCCAGUCCGAGCUGCAUGCCUUCUUUGUGCUCGAGUAUGCCGGCGGGGGAACACUGCACAAACUGAUUUCCGACCAAGGAAUUCUGUCGAUGAACAACAUCCAGUUCUACACUGCAGAGAUGGUGAUAGCCCUACAGUUUCUGCACUCCAAUGGCAUCAUUCAUCGAGAUCUCAAGCCUGAAAACAUUUUGGUGGAUAACAAUGGACACAUCAAGAUCUGUGACCUUGGCCUCGCUGUCGAAGGAGUGUUCGACGCAAAGAAGAUCAGCGGAUUGACAGGAACACCUGGAUACCGUGCGCCGGAGGUUUUGUCAUUGGAGAAGUAUAACGCUGGAGUGGACUGGUGGUCAUUCGGUGUCAUCAUGUACGAAAUGGCCACUGGCAGACAGCCAUUUGCCCCAUCACUGGUUUCUGCUCAGGAGCUGUUUGAGAUUAAGGAGAAGAAGCUCGAAUAUCCGCGUCACAUGAGCCAGGAAAUGCUGGACCUUCUGCCAAAGCUUCUGGAGAUGAAUAAGAACAAACGCUUAGGAUUAAAUGGUAACAUCAGGAAGCACCCAUUCUAUGCCAGAAUCAACUGGAGCCAGCUGGAAAACAGAAAAAUAAAGGCACCUUUCCAGCCCAAAAUUCCACCAGUAGAUAAGUUAACAGUGAUUCAUCCAGCAUUCUGCUCUGAGACAACUAAGCAAAAGAGAGCAAAUGUGGAAGAUUUCUCCGAUGUGGAUUCCAACUGGAAUUGGCAGGAGUAAAGCAUUUUCUGUGCUCAUGUGGACUAACCUCAAACAACCUGUACAGCAAGUGAUCAUGGCAACAUACCAUCCAUGGCCAAUUCCAUAUAUGAACAUCAGAUCUGCCAUCUACUGUCUACUGCAAGUGUUUGCCUGUAAGGCCAUCUACACCAACACCACAUGGGAUCCUUGACAGUGCACACAAGACAUCAUAAGAGGCCCCACAGAAGAAAGGAAUAGCUGCGAACCGGACUUUGUAAAUGGAGAAAUCUAGCAGACCCUUGGAUAAGGGUUAAAUGUAUACUGAACAUACAGUGCACUGUUGAUUAACACCAUUCAGUAUACUUCAGUUUUUUAUAUAGGGUAAGGUAAGUGGUAAGUAUAGCAUUAAGAUUUCUUUCUUUUCUAUCUUUCCUCCCAAUCUUUUACGGUGUUCUUAUAGAUCUUAUGUUAUAUAGAAAUAGAAAUGUUGUACAAGUUAAUGCAAAAAAAAAAAAAAAAAAGGGUGGGUGGGUGCCUGGGAUGUUAAAUAUGAAUAUGAAAGUUAUGAUUAUUUAUUUCUCUUUUUUUAUGCUCUACUGUCUUUUCCCUGUAUGUAGUUUGUAGCUCAUAGCUUAAAGGUAAAGUUUAUGGGUAAAGGGUUUACAAGAUAUGGCAGUAGUGAUGUGGGAUAAGGAUUUUAUGAUUAUAAUUAUGGGGUAUGGGUAUUAUACAGGUUAUAGUAAAGGGAUAUGAUAUUAUGAUUAUAAUUAUGGGAUAUGAGUACUAGAAAGGUUUAUAGUAAAGGGAUAUGGGAAUAGUGAUGUGGGAUAAGGAUUAUAUGAUUAUAAUUAUGGGGUAUGGGUAUUAUACGGGUUGUAGUAAAGGGAUAUGAUAUUAUGAUUAUAAUUAUGGGAUAUGAGUACUAGAAAGGGUUAUAGUAAAGGGAUAUGGGAAUAGUGAUGUGGGAUAAGGAUUAUAUAAUUAUAAUUAUGGGGUAUUAGUAUUAUACGGGUUGUAGUAAAGGGAUAUGAUAUUAUGAUUAUAAUUAUGGGAUAUGAGUACUAGAAAGGUUUAUAGUAAAAGGAUAUGGGAAUAGUGAUGUGGGAUAAGGAUUAUAUGAUUAUAAUUAUGGGGUAUGGGUAUUAUACAGGUUGUAGUAAAGGGAUAUGAUAUUAUGAUUAUAAUUAUGGGAUAUGAGUACUAGAAAGGUUUAUAGUAAAAGGAUAUGGGAAUAGUGAUGUGGGAUAAGGAUUUUAUGAUUAUAAUUAUGGGGUAUGGGUAUUUUACGGGUUGUAGUAAAGGGAUAUGAUAUUAUGAUUAUAAUUAUGGGAUAUGAGUACUAGAAAGGUUUAUAGUAAAGGGAUAUGGGAAUAGUGAUGUGGGAUAAGGAUUAUAUGAUUAUAAUUAUGGGGUAUGGGUAUUAUACGGGUUGUAGUAAAGGGAUAUGAUAUUAUGAUUAUAAUUAUGGGAUAUGAGUACUAGAAAGGGUUAUAGUAAAGGGAUAUGGGAAUAGUGAUGUGGGAUAAGGAUUAUAUAAUUAUAAUUAUGGGGUAUGGGUAUUAUACGGGUUGUAGUAAAGGGAUAUGAUAUUAUGAUUAUAAUUAUGGGAUAUGAGUACUAGAAAGUGUUAUAGUAUAGGGAUAUGGAAUUGCAGCAAAUCAUAGCAGUAAAUUAACUGCUGAAAGAAACACCACUUGCAGCCUGUUUACUCUAUGAUUUGCUACAAUAAGUAUGAAUGGUAUGAAUUGGUGUGUGAAUGCUAAUAGGGAUCCCCAUUGCACCAAUUUAGAAGAUGAACAUAGUGCACCUUCUGAUUGGCUGCAAAUUUAGUUCACCAUUAAAAUGUAGGAAAAUAUAUAUAAGGCCUUGUGCCUCUUUGACCCAACAGGAGGGGAGUAAUUAUGCAGCAGAUGGAGUUGCAGCUUGUAGGCCCCUUUUUUAAAAUAAGAAUAAGCCCAUUAGAGUUGUGAAUGUGAAGGUGUAAAGUUUAGGGAGGGUUAGGGUUUAGGAUCAAAGGAAUAAGAAUAGGCUAGGCAGAGCUGUAGGACCCUAAAUGCUGCCUAGCCACAACUCCCUCCUUCCCCUCCCUGCCACGAAUCAUAUAUAUAUAUAUAUAUAUAUAUAUAUAUAUUAGGCAAAAUAAUUAGGCCCAUCAUAAUUCUCAUCCCCCAUAACCAGGACUUUUAAAUAAUAAAAGGCUUCUGGUAUUCAUAGUCAGUACAAAGUUGAUCCAGGGACUAGUCCGAUUGCCAUUU